AUGGUGCUCGAGCCGGAGAAUCUCAACGCACAAUGCUUUGAUGACCUUUGCGCUACCUCUGGGCUCUGGCAUACUGGCAUCACUGCAGCCGACGGGUCACCCCUGAGAACCUGGCGGUCACCUCACGGUUUCCCGACUUGCCUCGACUAUUUUGGGGUCCCGGAGUCAUGGCAAAGCGGGCUUAGCAGACUUCGUACUGUGGACUUUCUUGAUCUGCAUGCGGAAAUCGAUCACUGGCCGCUUGUUGUUGACGUUGAGGUCUCUGCGCUUCCUCCGCCUCCCCGAGCAAAGACACCGGACACAGAGCUCAUGCUCACAACGGAGGGCAGGUCUGUCAUACACAACAUCAUGCAGCAGGUGCCCCCUAUUCCUUGGGCGAUGGAUGCCAACGAUCACCUAGCCUGUUUGAAUAGCUAUUUUCAGCGUGCUAUCAAGCAACACUUCGGGGUUGCCCGGUCACGGCCCCGGUGUCCCUACCUGACUCAGGACACGUGGUUGCUCUUGGCACACCGCCGGCAUCUGCGCCGCACUCAUAGGCGGCGGGCGACCCUCCACCUCAGGGAAGUCCUACAUGCCACUUUUCGGGCAUGGGCUGCAGCGCCGCGUGGCAGCGCCGCAGAUGACUUUGGAGCGCGCUUUGCUGCCCUGCGUCUUCGGAAUGACUGCUGGGCCUUCUUGCACAUGCGGCGCAUGCGCGGCACCUCGAAGAAAAUUCGGGCUUCGUUUCGCACGGAUGCAGCAAACUUCGCUAGAGAAAACAUGCGAGCCGCACGUGGUGCUGGCCCGGCAGAGCUUGCCCGACUCCUCCGCUCUGUCCUGAAGUCUGGCCGUGCAUACAAACCUCCUAGGGUCGCUGUUGUCUUACAGGGCGCCGAGGGAGAGAUCUGGGACGAGGAGGAAGUUGCAGCGAAGUUCAGUGAACACUUUGGCAAGGCUGAACAAGCAACUCCCAAGCAGCUUGCCGAGCUCGCCAAUGACUCCCUCGUUGUCGUGCCGGACCAGCCAGUACCUGUCGAGGCACUACCUUCUCUGGCCCAUAUCACCCGAGCUUUUGCAGGGCUGAAGCCCCGCCGUGCUAGCGGUAUCUCCCGCAUAUCGCCUGCUUUCUAUAGCUCCGACCCGUUGGGUGCUGCUCUCGCCCACCUCCCACUGCUUCUUAAAGCUUCACUCCGUGGUACUGUUCCGUGCCUAUGGAAGGGAAGCGUCGCGAGGCCCCUCGCCAAACCGGGUAAAAACCCCAGGAGCACCACGGGGUACCGCAGUAUAGCCCUGCAAGAACCCGCAGCGAAGGCACUGCAAAAGGCUUUUAGACCGGAGAUCGCGCGGGGUUUCGAAGCGCACACGCUUGCUUCAACUGGUGGGGCAAGAAAGGGUAUUCCGUUGACCCUCCCGGCCCUGACCAUCCAGUCACACAUCCAGCUUGCAGCGAGGCGUGGAGUUUCCGCCUCUGUCAUUUUCCUGGAUGGCAUUUCCGCCUUUUACAGCGUUGAGAGACUCCCGCUGUUCUCUGCUGACAGAGGGGCGCUGGAGCGCGCACUUUGGGCCCUUCCGGUUGAGCAAUUGGUGGUUCAAACCUUCCUCCAGCAUCUUCCCCCUCAAGGGGUGCUUUCGGCCCUCGGUGUUUCCCGGCCUUCGCAGCAUGUGCUCCAGCAAUUCCUUACCGAUACGUGGUUUACCACUUUCCCCACCUCGCCUGUGGUACAAUCCACGCAGGUUGGAACGGUGCCUGGGGCCCCCCUUGCUGACCUUCUCUUCCAGGCGAUUGCCCUCGCAGCGCUGCAAACAAUUGAGGAGCUCAUGCGAUCAGAGAGGCUUGCUGCGGCCAUCCACAUUGGCCACAACCACGUCACGGCCGAGCCCACCACGUGGCUGGAUGACUUGGCUCUCCUGGUGGAAUCCUCGCGGCCAGCUGAGCUUGGUGCGGCGACUGCCAGGGCAGCUUCGCUGGCUCAACAGUGUUUGCUGCUCAUUGGAGUGCGCACAAAUUUCGAGCCGGGCAAGACAGAGGCUCUACUUGUGCAUAGGGGACGGGGCAGCCGAGCCGCUAAGCACGCUGUUUUCAUCGAGGGCGGGGUCUUCUGCAUUAAAAGCUCCAGUGUUUCGCUGGCUUUGACGGGCCUGCAUCGCUUGACCUCUGCGCAUUUCAAGCAGAAGCAGUACCAGAAGGAGCAAAAGUCGGAAGCACUUCCGACUGGGAAGGAGGACAGUCACCAUGCACCGGCGAGUCCUCACCACGAUUACAUCACUUGGCGACUGAGUCCACUUCUGAAGUUCUACCCGGACCGCAUUCCGGUCUACAUGUGGCGGCGCGGAUCGGGGUGUGCCCUCUUCAUGAUCGCCACGGUCCUCGCCGCCGUCCUGUGUGCAGCGGAUCUAACGAACUGGAGAGCGAUCGUCCUCAGCAUCUCAAGCGCCCUGGGCUCGUGGCAGGAGUUCACAUGCGUGGACAAGAAGCUUCAGCGAGAGGGCACGGUGCUGGCCACACUCCACAACCUGAUGCUGUGGUGCCAGCCUCUUCCCGACGUGGACAAGGAGUUCGGACGCCUGAAGCUGAACUGCCACAAGACGCCCGUGAAGGAGUGCCGAUACCUGAAGCCGAAGUGCCACAAGAGGCCCCUGAAGGAGUUCGGACGCCUGAUGCUGAAGCACCGCAAGACGCCGCCGAAGGAGUUGCCUGCGGAGACGCUGGACGCGGUGCCGGCCAGUGUGGAUGACUUCCGAGGCUGGCUGAAGACAUGGAUGGCACGCCAUGGUUUCCCGAAGGCGUACCUCAGCAAGGUCCAGGUGGCGGACUCGACAGGCAACGCCUUCGCCUCUUGUCGGUGCAAGGACCAAGCCAAGUUACGCCAUGCAGAGCGCGUGAAGCAUCUAGUGCCACUGCGCGCGCUCGCACAGCUGCUCUCGGAAGGCGUGCCCAACGAGGAAAUGCCAGAUGAGGCACAGCUGGCCAAAGCACACAGACGGUGCAUCACGGCCAAAGGCAGCAAGCGCAAGAUAGACGCCACUUCUGGUGACCUCCCGGCCUGGCUGGAGUUCUUGGAAAUGCAGUUCUCAUUACGGGAAGCAAAAAGUGGCCAUGAGCUCAAGUACUGGGCUGCUGAGCUGCGGGAAGACGACAGCUUCCUUCCUUUGAGUGCCCUUGUGCAAUUGGCACAGGCGGACGAGAAGGUGACCCCGGGAACUGCUGUCAUGCGGAGUGACAAAAUGAUGGAUAUGGCUGCCCUGGUGCUGAGGACGUGCCCGCCGGUGCUCCUCUGCGAUGUCACCUACAAGAUCAGCAGCAGUGGCUGGGGGCUGGCGCUUUUUGCGCUUGCCUCUCAGCAUCUGGAUGCACACACCGCGUGGCCGGCCUCGCAGGCCGUCGUCCUCGGAGCUGCCUGGGUUCCCAAGGAGAACUACACCAGCUGGCUCGCAGCUCUGGCAACAGUGUACCGGAUCUACCUCCCCUUGCGCUUGCAUGAGAAGGUCCGUGUGGUUAUGUUCGAUGGAACAACUGGAGGCGAAAAGGCGGUCAAGUUUCUCCUGCCGGACGUGCUGCUGGCCAGGGACGUGCGCCACGUGCAGGCCAACGUCAAGAAGCACAGUGCGUCAUCAUCCUCCACGCCACUGGCUGUGCGGGACUACUUGGCAUCCCAGGUGCUCUUCAGUGCCGCCCUGCCUACGCAAACGCUCUUCACGAUUCUCUGGGAUGAGGUACUCAAUUCCUUGUGCGGACGACCAGACAUGCAAGCAUAUCUGAGCCAGCACGUUCUGCAACGCCACGCCACGAAGGAUGUUUGGGAGGCGCCCUGGUGGGCUGGAUUUGGCAGUGGCCUCAAGGGUGGCUUCACCACCCUGACUUCCUUUCAGGCCCUGGAGCGCAUGAACCAGACCCUGAAGUCGUCCUUGCCCUCCAAUUUCCAUCUGCUGUCUAUUCAGGAUGUCAGUGAACGCAUCGAGAGACUCUACAGCACCUGGUGUCGACCCAGGAAAGGCUUCCAAGCCAUCUACCGGAAGCGCCGUUGGAUUGAUCCUGCGACUGGCGACAUCCAGCCAGGUCAGAUCGCUCCGCGGCUCGAGGCUUUGGUUUACUCUUGUGCGGCUCCUAGAAGGCAAAGCAAGCAAGAUCAGUUGACUGACCCUGACAAGGUCGUGCCACGCUUCGUGAAUGGAGAUUGGUUGCAGACUGAGAGAAUGCCUUGGGAGGGCAAGCGUCAGUGGAAGGUGCCAACCGCUGCGCGCUACCUGGAGUAUGCGCCGUCCAACUACAUGACCAAGGAGAUACAGGAGUUUGGCGGGAUGCGGGUUCGGUCCGUAACCUUGAUGCCCUUCGACAGCCCUGACUGGCAUAUCGACCCCGACACCUUCCAAGCCAUGUGCGGCUUGGUUCUGGCCGAGUCCGUGGAGCAAGCCCUGACCUUUCUUGCCAAGUUGGGGGCCGUGAGGAAGGAUGGCAGGGUGAGCUUGUACCACUUUCACUCGCUCAUGACCAACCUGUGCCUGGUUUUCCAGACUGGUCGAAUCUAUGCCCGGUGCGGCUCCUGUCCCCAUGAGCUCUUCACCCGUUGGCGGCUAGGGGAUCAGCGAGUGGUGGUUGCUCGUAUGGCGCAGUUUGUGCGGGCGAAUGCUCCUGUUGACAUCGUCCAUGCCAACGAGGUUCUCCGGCAAGAGAUACUCGUCCGCCAGCUUCCGCGAAGAUCGGCUUGGCUUACGCUUGCCAAGAUUCAGGAGAGGCUUCAGCGACUGCGGGAGCGCAGACAGCAAAAAAAGAAGGAGCGUGAGCAGCAGCUUCUCAAGCUCUACGAAGAUCAGGACCUCUUGGGGCUCGUGAAGACUCCAGACACAGAGGGCGUGUUGCGCGACAAAGCCUUGGCAGACGCGAAGGGGAUGCUGGGGAAAAACUUCGUCAAGCAGCUGCAGGCGCUGCACAGCAUGAUCUUCUUGAAGACUACGCUCAAGGAAGCCAAGUCUAUGAAGGCGACCGAGCUCGUGGUCACGCUGAGCAAGUCGAAAGGACCGGUGGCUGAAGCAGCCAAAAUUCUGGUGAAUGCUUGGAAAAGCGAGCUUGCAGCUGGCGACAAAUCGACGUAG